AGUGUGAAUAAAAAGAAAAUUAAAUUUAGGUUUUCCUCUCCUCACCCUCCAGUUUUGCAUUUUUCAGCCGCCCGCCACUGUUCCACCUCUGAUCGCCGCCCGCCACUCGCCAACCGUCGGGCCUCCGUCUUUGUCUGCCAUUGAUCAAUUGCAGUCCGCACCGCCGCACGCUGAUUGUGAAACCCUGUGAAUCGUAGUGGCAGCUCUCUCUCGAUUUCAUUAACACGCUUCAAGGGUUAAACGCUUGGAGGCGGAGAGAUGGAAGGUGGGGGAAACCGUCUUCUCCCAGCUCAUGCUUUUCCAUUGUUCCAGGAAGGUAUCGGGUUGGUUUUAUCUCGUUGGUCAGCUCUUCAGUUGGCCGUGGAAAAUGAGUGGGGUGGUCGUGACUCUCGUCGUAAAGUCGAACUAUUAUGCGCCGAAAUUUUCACAUGGUUUACUCAGAACAAAGAGCAACUAUAUAUUGAUGAUUUAGAAAUAAUUCUUGAUGAAGCUAUGCUUUCAUUGAGUACACAGGUUGACGAUGGCAGCAUUGAGGAGGUAGCUGAAAAAUUGAUUAUCAUGCAUGAGGAAUGUGUAGAUGGUAACUUUAGCUCUAUUGAAAGGUUAAGGCAAUCCCCUCGUCCUCAAGUUGCCCAUGCUCACGUUAAUCAGGCUGAGAGUGAUGACGAUGACGACGACGACGUAGAAGAAGAUGUCAAUAGAAAUGAUAUGAUGGUGGAUGCCGUUCAACCAGCGCAAUCCAGGCCUGCCAAUCCUCAGCUCAAUCCAGAGGCUACAGCUGAAGCUGAAGAUGGAUGGGUUCAAGUCACAUCAAGAAGAAAUAGGGGUACAAGAAAUUAGUACCAACCUCUCAAUGUCUUCUAUUUAUCCAAGUAAAUCAUGAAUCCCUUUGCCGUCUUCUUCAAACUGUGCAUGAGCAAUCAAUUUUGUUUUGUGUGAUAAUAUAUAUAAAUAUAUAAUAUUAGAAUUCAGCUUAUGUUUUGAGAGAUCAUAAAGGCUGCCAUUACGCUAUUGUUUUUUUAAGUAUCAUAUUUAUCCUUUCGGAUACUCCAUGUACAUCGAGUCAUUUCUUUUUUGAAUUCUUGGUUGAUAUAUUUGUUAAUUGAUCGAGAAAGACAAUAGGGCUAGAGGGUCUUGAUCCAACCAUAGUUGAAUACUGCGUUUUCAGGUUUAGAAUAAAAGUAGGAUGGAGCUUGGUGAA